UAAUUGAUGAGUCAAUUGAUGGCAACAGUUGUCACGUGACUCRAUACAAGUCAAUACAAAUAGAAAACACAUUGAUUUGACCACACAUUUGAUGAUCAAUUGAUUUGACCAUUAAUUUGGUGACCAAUUGUUUGACUGAUUAAUACCUAAACAAUACAAUCGACUACAACAUGAAUAUCCGUUGCGCUAAACCAUCAGACUUGAUGAAUAUGCAACACUGCAAUCUAUUGUGUUUGCCAGAGAACUAUCAGAUGAAAUACUACUUUUAUCACGGCUUGUCGUGGCCUCAACUCUCAUAUGUUGCCGAAGAYGAAAACGGCGCGAUUGUUGGUUAUGUUUUGGCCAAAAUGGAAGAGGACUCGGAUGACGACCCUCACGGACACAUCACAUCACUGGCGGUCAAACGAUCCCAUCGACGACUUGGUUUGGCCCAGAAAUUGAUGGACCAAUCGUCACGUGCGAUGAUUGAAUCAUUUAAUGCCAAAUACGUCUCACUUCAUGUCCGCAAAUCAAAUCGCGCGGCUCUUCAUCUUUACCGAAACACAUUGGGCUUUCAAGUCAAUGAAAUUGAGCCGAAGUAUUACGCGGACGGUGAGGACGCUUACGCCAUGAAACGUGAUUUAGUAGACUUUGCGCGCAUUAAUAGUGUGAAACCAGCGGAUCCCAACUCUUUCUGGGAUUCACACAAGUCUUCGAGUAAAACAAAUAAAGACAAAGAAAAUGAGUAAAAUGUUUCGUAUCUUUAGUUAAUCUAAACUUGUUUUAAAGUUUUAAUUUUUAAUUAAUUUUCAUUGACAUAUAAAAUAAAUAAUUAAAACCAUC